CAGCAAUCCUUAGCAUAGGGGCACACUCAUGCAUUCCUGUCAAGUCAUCUUGUGAAAGGCUGCCUGCUUCCAGCUUGGCUUGGAUGUGCAACCUUAAUAAAACUCACUGAGGUCUGGGAGAAAAUAGCAGAUCUGCAGCAGAUAGCGCAGAGGAAAGGCUGUAGAAUAUGUACACGCAGCUGACUCAGGCGGGCUCCACACUGAACGGUUACACAGAGAGGAAACAAUAAAUCUCAGCUACUAUGCAAUAAAUAUCUCCAGUUUUACCGAAGGAAACUAUCAUUACAGUGAAAUAAAAAAAUAACGUUUUGGAACAAAGCUAACAAAUGGCUAGUUUUCUAUGAUUCUUCUACAAACGCUUUCUUUGAGGGGGGGGAAAAGGCAAGGAAACAAGCAGUUUUACCUGAAAUAAAGAACUAGUUUAAAGGUCAGAAGGAAGGAGCAGGGUUUGCGAGAGGCACGGAAGGAGAGCGGAGAGCGCGCGCAGGACAAUGACAGUUUUCCUCUCCUUUGCCUGCCUCGCUGCCAUUGUGACUCACGUAGGGUGCAGCAACCAGCGCCGGAGUCCCGAGAACGGUGGCAGAAGAUAUAACCGGAUUCAACAUGGGCAGUGUGCCUACACUUUCAUUCUUCCAGAACAGGACGGCAACUGUCGUGAGAGUACGACAGACCAGUACAGCACAAACGCCCUGCAGAGAGAUGCUCCGCACGUGGAACCGGAUUUCUCUUCCCAGAAACUUCAACAUCUGGAGCAUGUGAUGGAAAAUUAUACUCAGUGGCUGCAAAAACUUGAGAAUUACAUCGUGGAAAACAUGAAGUCGGAGAUGGCUCAGAUACAGCAGAAUGCUGUUCAGAACCACACCGCCACCAUGCUUGAGAUAGGAACCAGCCUCCUGUCUCAGACAGCGGAGCAGACCAGAAAACUGACAGAUGUUGAGACCCAGGUACUAAAUCAAACUUCUCGGCUUGAAAUACAACUGCUGGAGAAUUCAUUAUCAACAUACAAGUUAGAGAAGCAACUUCUUCAACAGACAAAUGAAAUUCUAAAGAUUCAUGAGAAAAACAGUUUAUUAGAACAUAAAAUCUUAGAAAUGGAGGGAAAGCACAAGGAAGAGUUGGACACCUUAAAAGAAGAGAAAGAGAACCUCCAAGGCUUGGUUGCUCGUCAAACGUACAUAAUCCAGGAGCUGGAGAAACAGCUGAGCAGGGCCACAACCAACAACAGCGUCCUGCAGAAGCAGCAGCUGGAGCUCAUGGACACAGUCCACAAUCUUGUCAACCUCUGCACUAAAGAAGGUGUUUUACUAAAGGGAGGAAAAAAAGAGGAAGAGAAACCAUUUAGAGACUGUGCAGAUGUAUACCAAGCUGGUUUUAAUAAAAGUGGAAUCUACACUAUUUAUAUUAAUAAUAUGCCAGAACCCAAAAAGGUGUUUUGCAAUAUGGAUCUUAAUGGGGGAGGUUGGACUGUAAUACAACAUCGUGAAGAUGGAAGCCUGGAUUUCCAAAGAGGCUGGAAAGAAUAUAAAAUGGGUUUUGGAAAUCCCUCUGGCGAAUAUUGGCUUGGAAAUGAAUUUAUUUUUGCCAUAACCAGUCAGAGGCAGUAUACACUAAGAAUCGAGUUAAUGGACUGGGAAGGAAACCGGGCCUAUUCACAAUAUGACAGGUUCCACAUAGGAAAUGAGAAGCAAAACUACAGGUUAUAUUUAAAGGGUCACACUGGGACAGCAGGAAAACAGAGCAGCCUGAUCUUACAUGGUGCUGAUUUCAGCACUAAAGAUGCUGAUAAUGACAACUGUAUGUGCAAAUGUGCCCUCAUGCUUACAGGAGGUUGGUGGUUUGACGCGUGUGGCCCGUCCAAUCUAAAUGGAAUGUUCUACACGGCGGGACAAAACCACGGCAAACUGAACGGGAUAAAGUGGCACUACUUCAAAGGGCCCAGUUACUCCUUACGUUCCACAACCAUGAUGAUUCGGCCUUUGGACUUUUGAAAGCACAUGGGUAGAAGCAACUGUAAAGGCAAUGAAGCGAUCUGGAGACCGAGACACUACCAGAGGAGAAAAUGCUUGAAAACCCCCGAAGCAAACGAUGUUGUCUCCCCUGCAGCAACAGGUGGUGGGUACGAGACGUCAGCGUGGUUCUUCACUGUGGAUUUGGAGCCUUUUGAGUUCACGGAAGUCUCUGUGUGAGGUCACCACGUAUGUAUGGCCUGACUCAAGAGAAUGCAAUUCACUGUCAUGCUUUCAAAGGGAAGACACUGUUCAGCUCACUGUGCUUCAAACUACUACUGGAUCCUAAUUUGGAACUAUGGUAGCCAGAUGGCAAACAUGGUUUAUUUCAUAUAAGGCCAAAAAAAAAAAAAAAAAAAAAAAAAGAGUGAGAGAGAGAGAGAGAGAGAAGAAAAGAAAGGAAAAUGAAUGAAAAAAAGAAUAUACAUGAAGAAUAGAAACAGGUCUGCUUUGACUCUGGAAAAAAUGUAUUAUACAAGGGAAAUGGUGUUAUAGCUAUGCAAACCUACUAACAUAAGUUUUACUGUUGCACAAUUUUGAUAAAAGUAAAAAAAAUCACAUUGUUUUCUGACUUAGUUAAAUGUUAAUGGGUUUCAAAAAUCCAAUUCCAAUGUCACAUUUCAUGGUUGAUGUAGGUUAACCCAUUUUCAAAUGUAAAUUCCAUAUUUAUAAGCCAUAAUGAAUUGUAGUAUAUGGAGAAGACAAUGGUGUGAUGUAGAAACACUCCACUCUGUGAUUGUUUUUUUUUUUUGACACCAUUUUCAGAAAAAAGUAGUCAUAAUCAAGUGUGAACAUAAGAGGUAAACAAUUUAUUUCCCCAUGCUACAGUUUUCAUUUGUUUUUAAAAACUGACUGACUGAUCUACAAAUGUAUUUAUAGCCUGAGUAAAAUUUAAAGAAUGUGAAAUGUAUCACCAAGUUCUUAAAAUAAUAUACAUGCAUCUAAUAUUUCUUUUGAUAUUACACAGACAAGCAGUAUUUGGAAUGUAUUAUGUUGAAGUAAAACCAAGUAAACUGGAGUUCAUUUUACAGUAUCUUCUUGCAUGGGUAUACAUAUGUGUAACUUCAUUAUUGUAAAAAUGUUUUUAGUUUUUCCAUCUUUCAUUCUGUUAUUUCACGCUAAUUUAAUUUUUUGCUAAUUAAUGGAAACAUGGUUACCAGAUUCACCCAGUUCUAGUUUCUAUAAAAGAUACACUUUAAACUAUAUAUAUAUAAAAUUGUACAUAGCAUGUUUAUAUCCGUGAUAAACCUCAUAGGUAUUUAAUCUGGAAUAUACAAUGUUGUCCUUAUUUGAUACAUAUAAACACACAAGUGUUCAACAAAUUCAUUUACUUGGUGAAAUAGGUUACUCUUCAUAUUUUUCUCCUUCAGACUUUCUUUCCUUAGACACUUUCUAAUUUUUUAAAAUUAAUAUUGGAGAAAAUUGGCAAAAUGCUUAAUUUUAUAUCUAAGGGGAACAUAUACAAAAAAGGAAAUAAUAGUCAGCCAACUAGGAAAAUUUUACUGCUAGCUGCUAUAAAUCUCUUAAUGAAAAUAUUCCUAUGGGAUAAUCUAUUUUAAGUGAACUUUGGGGCACAUUUUUGUGGCAACUUAAAGUUUCUACAAUAUUAAGAAUUGCUCUCUGCCUCUAAGUGUUCAAGAUUACAAUAGUUAACAGUUUUUAAUCAAAAUAUGAGUUACUAUGAAAUGAGAAAAUUGAAAUGGGUAUUGGGUCUCCUUUCUUAGAAAAGGAAAGUUUUCUUCAAGGCAACAAUACCAAAAUUUCAGACUUAGUAACUUGAUCUGUUAUGCCUUAGUGGCUUUCCUCCGUUUGGGAGAAUGAAGCUAUUCAUAUUUUGAAGAACAUGUCUCUUAAAGUUUACUGUCAAGUUGUUUUUAUAUUUAUGUGUCUGUCUCCAACCCUUUUUGCCUUACAGGUGAUGUUUGCAGGUCCUACAGAAGCUCCUUGAUAGCGCUGUUAACCCUCUCCCUUUAAAACCUUCAUGAUUGCUUUAAGUAAAAGAAAAUGAGUGUUUUGUUCUUUUGUGUUCCACACCUUUUUUUUAACCAGUCUUUGCAUAAAGAAUACUAUUUCUUAAUCCAUAUUACAAAAAUGAAAUAAAGUAUGGGAAAAACAAGGCAUUUACUGUUUUACCUGGAUUUGAAAGUGAAAUAUUGUUUCCAAUUAUUUAUAAUAAAGCAACAUGAAAUGUUU